AAUUUAUUUUUAUCAUUUUCAAAAUGAUGAAAAUUAUUUAUAACAUUUAAACAUUUUUUUCAUAUUAAGAUUCUACUCAUAAUUCUAUUUUAAUGUCAAUGAGGUCAGAAAAAAUUAUAAAAUUAAAAUGAAUUUUCAUCAUAAAUUUUUAAUAACACCGAAAUAAUAUUGGUACUAUCUUCGAGUAACACACAUAGUUUUACAAAUCUACGAUUUUAAUUUAUCCCAUAUUUUUAUUGAUAACGAAUUAGGUUCUUAAUUCUAAUUCUUUUUUUUUCUCUUCCCUUUUCAGAUAUACAGUCAGAUUUCACUGUUGAAAUAGUUGGAAUUUAGCAACAGAAUCACUUCAGUGAUUAGUAAAAUUCUACUUAAAUAAUAGGAAUAGCUAAAUCUGGAUUAUCAUUAAUCGGUAAAACAGAUUUGACUGUUUUAAUAAGUAAAGGAUUCUGUUUUACCGAUUAAUUAUUAGUCUGUUUUACCGACAACGCUGCAUUAUCAUUAACUGGUAAAACAGAAUCCUUUACUGAUUAAAAAAGUCAAAUCUGUUUUACCAAUUAAUGAUAAUCCAAAAUUGACUGUUACUAUUGGUAUAACAGAAUUCUAAUAAUUUCACUGAAAAUUAGUAGAAUUCUGUACUGAUUGUAACAGUAAAAUGUGGAUUACCAUUAAUCGGUAAAACAGAUUUGACUGCUUUAAUCAGUAAAUAUCCUGUUUUACCUAUUUGUAAUUUGAAAAUCAAUCGAAUUAAUUUUAAUAGCAAAAUCAGCAUUAUCAGUAAUUGGUAAAACAGAGUCCUUACCUAAUUAAAACAGUCAUAUCUGUUUUACUGAUUAAUGAUCUUGUAGAUUGAUUGUUUGAUUUUGCUUUAUCAGUUAAUGAUCAUCCGGAUUUAGCUCUUUAAAUCAAUUCGAUCGAUUAUUUCAAAUCAUUUAUCGAUAAAAUAGAAUUCUUUGCUGAUUAAAACAGUUAAAUCUGCUUUACCAAUUAAUGAUAAUUCAGAUUUGACUGUUACUGUAGGUAAAACAGAAUUCUAAUAAUUUUUUAGUGAAAAUGUCUAAAUUUCAGUGUAAAUCAUACCGAACAGUUGCUAAAUUCGAACUAUUUCAUCAGUUUAAUCUCACUGAUUCAAAUUUUGGGGAGAUUACAUUCAAGAAACCUACUAAUUAAAUAUUUAAAAACGCGAAACCAUAAUAAAUUCUUGAUAAAUUGGACCCAUAGAAUUUUUUCCAAUCAAUUGUUUUUUAUAUUUCUAAUUUCUCAAAUUUUUUAAAUAUAGAUUUCAACAGUUUUGAUGAUAGGUACUGAAGUUGUUUUUAGUAUUGCCUUCCACUGUGGUGAACUGAGACAAGCGGCUGAUCAUUUUCUAUUUUGGACAGUGACAGUGAUAGCAACAAUAAAAACAAUUUUACUUCGAUUUCAUCAACGUAAAUUAAUGAGAAAUUGUAAUAGCGCUAAAGCCGAUUGGCUUAAAGAAGAUGAUCCAGAAUCUCUGGUAAUAAUGGCACAUCAUGCAAAAGUUAGUCGAAUUGUUUUCAUCUUCCAAGCAAUGUUCAGUUAUUUUACACUUGUAAUGUACGUGAUUGCACCAAUGGCAAGUAAUUUAGAAGAGGAACAGGGUUUGCCAUUGUCAACUGUUUGUGUAUUUAGAAAUAUGUCAAUAUUGGAAUAUCAAAGUGUCUAUGUUCUUCAGGCAGUUCAACAAUUGUACAUUGUCAAUGGAAAUAUUGGCACUGAUUAUUUUUUCUUUGCAAUGAUAAUGCAUGUUUGUGGACAAGCGCAAAUUUUGAGUUUACGUUUCAAAAAAUUUGGCAGCAAAGGUCAAAAAUAUGAGGAAGAGGAAAAUAUGUCAAUUAUUGAGUCGAAAGUUCGUGAAGAAGAUUUUAAUGAAUUUCAUGAUUUGCAAAGUUUCAGAAAAAUACGCGUCCUCAUCAAUAGACAUUGUGAGCUUAUUGAAUUAGCUGAUGAUUUAAAGGAGAGUUUGACUUAUAUUCUGCUUGUUCAAUUUACUAUGGACAUUAUAAUGAUGUGCUUAACAGGACUGCUAACCCUGAUUUAUCUAAAACAAGGAGAUACAGUUACCGCUGGCAGGACAAUUUGUGGAUUUUCAAUUGUCGUUAUGAGUUUAUUUAUUUAUUGUUAUAUCGGCGAUUAUUUACAAUAUCGAUUUGAAAGAACAACUGAAGCAAUAUAUCAUUGUUUUUGGUAUUCUUGUUCACCGAAAGUAAGCAGAAAUAUUCUUCACAUUCAAACGCGUGGAAGAAAUUUAAUGAAUCUAACUGCGGGACAUUUUUGUAAUAUUAAUCUUGAAAUGUUUAAAACUGCUAUGAAAACUGCUAUGAGCUUUUUCUCCGUGAUGCGAAUUCUUCUUGAAAAAGAAUAAAAAAUUUAUUAAUAUUCUUAAAAAAAAAAAAAUAUUUUAUAAUU